CAGCACCCCUCUUAACACCGCCACUCUUAAAUUGAUUUCCAAUUGUUUUGGUAGACGUAUAGCAAGACAUUGUUUCACCAAGCAAAACAUCAUUGUUUCGUUGAAGGUGAGGCACGCACUGUUAGGAAUAAGGAGGUUAGCCAUGGAUACCACGAGAAAGGCUCGAUUGCUGGCAGUCUUGAUGAUAUUGGUGUCUCAAUAUGUCUUCGCAGACCAAGACGUCCCGUCGGUGUCGUCUCCGAACUAUCACGAACAACCCGAAUCCGAACGACCCGUAACGAGACCUGAAGUCAACCCGAACUCUCAAGUCAACGCGAAUCCUGACGUUAAUACCAACCCCGAAGUCAACCCGAACCCAAACAUCGUAGUUCCCGAAGUGCCGCCGGCACCCGAUGUCCAAACUGCCGAACCCGAACAAACACACGAUCGCGAGAAGAGCUAUCGGGACUAUCUCCAGGACUAUGUUCGCAACAACUGCCACCAAGCCCCGGAACCCAAGACCAUUCCCGGUCCGCCUGGACCGCCUGGGUACCCCGGUCCAAUGGGUCCCAGCGGGCCUGCCGGAAUGCCCGGGAAUCACGGGAAUAACGGGAUUAAUGGACUCAGUGGACGCGAUGGUUCGCCCGGUGAAAAGGGAGCUAAGGGCGAGCAGGGGUAUCCUGGGCUCUCAGGUGCACCUGGUGUACCCGGAAUGAGGGGUGAUGAGGGCCCGCGUGGAACCCCGGGGAAUGACGGGAUGAUGGGCAUGUCAGGGUCGGUAGGCAAACAUGGUAUACCUGGUCGACAUGGACCCCCUGGAGAUCAGGGCUUGCCGGGGAUUGAAGGUCCAGAGGGACCGCGUGGGUAUAAAGGCGAUCGGGGUGACCCCGGUGUCGACGGGGUCUGCAACUGCGACUCUCAACCUCAGCAACGGUACACACCCGGUUCAGGAACGUCGGCUUUCUCCGUCGCUCGGACGUCGGGCCUGACGGCGACGGACGGUCCGUUAACGGUGACGUUUCAGCAUGUCUUUGUCAACGUCCAUGAUGACUUCGAUAUCAACACCGGGAAAUUCAACUGCUCUUUACCAGGACUCUACUUCUUCACGAUAAAUGUCUACAAGUCCUCCACCGUUAACUAUCCUCUAAUCCAAAUACUACUGAACGGUGAGCACCAGGCAGCGGUGAUCGACUACGGGAGCACAGACACGGAGGAUUCGACCACGAACAGCAUCAUCCUCAGCCUCAACCAAGGCGACCUGGUAUGGCUCCAGCUCUACGAUGGGCGUGAACUCUACAGCAGCCACUACAGAUUUACCACGUUCUCCGGGUUCAGAAUCGGCUAGAGGUGUAACGUCUUAGCAAGCAAAGUGUUUACGGCGCGCGUAUAGUUUAAGGGUGGAUAUGUAGAAGCCCGCUUACAAAGAUUGUUGUCGUACGAUGUUACAGUUACCAAGUCAGCUUUUCUGCUUUCUAUACUUUUUAAAAUACCAUGUUACUUUAAAAUGUGAUUAAGAAUUCUGGAAACCAUUUCAUAAAUUGUUCAUUGUUAUGAUAACAAAUUUGCAAUAACAGUUUAAAGCGACUGAAAUAAUCCACAUUGAUUCGCUAUUAUGAUUAUAAACUUGUUAUAGAAAUUGUCUAUGAGUUAUUUUCAUAAGUCCACGUUAUGAAAGGGACCUAGAAAUUAAUCUAGUUUCAGAGUGUGGUAAAUUGCCAAUUGGUUUAAACCACAUUCGACAACCAGUUCGUCUAAUAAACACUUUGUCUACUGGCCACCUAGUCUAUUUAGCAUUUCGUCUACACUGUUUAAAAAAAUUAAACAUAGUUGUUUACUAAAUGAACUUUACUGUAGUUGUUUGAACAGUUUAAAUAAGUGUUUAAAACCUUUAAUUACAAAGUUUCAUUUGUAAUAUUUAUUCUUCAAUAAAUUAAGCAUGAAGGUAAACAACUAUGUACGAUUUAUACUAUAGGCUAUAGUAACCAGCGUUGUUUUAAAAUUU